GUGUCUCUAUCUCUUCUGUAACACAUGAGGAUAAAAAUGUUAAGCAGCAGCGUAAGCCAACAGAACUAUUUCCAUGUGAAAAUCAGGAUGGAAAUUCAAAGAUGUCUGCAUUUAGGAGUAGACAUGUAUUCACAAAGAGGUCGAGAAGCUCUUCCCCAGUGAAACUUGACAUAAAACUUGACGAAUCUGAUGAUGAAUGUGAUCUUGUCAUUGAUGUGCCACCACAAGCUGUUAAUAAAAAGCGAAGAAUAAGGAGGAACUCUACAAACAGGAUCACAGACAAAGAACUGGCUGCUGUAAUAUAUGCAAAAAGAGUACAUGAUAGUGGUAUAGCAGACAUUCGUGGGUGUACAGAAGAAAAAUCAGAGAAAGUGGUCACUUUGCGGAAGAAUGGCAGAGAGUUAAAUAAAUCUGAAGAACUAGGCAAUGUUUCUUCAAAAGCAAAUGAGAUUUAUUUGCCUGAUGUAAACACUGAUGUAUUGAAGGUUUUGGAGGAAAGAGAUGCCUUUGUUUAUACCGAGGAGAAACGUUUAUCUUCAGCUGCUUCUAUUGAGACACACAUGCAGAAGGGAACUCUGAAGCAAGGGAAUGCAGAAACCAAUAUAUGGGUCAAAGGAUUUGUUCAGGAGCAUACUGCUAAUGCAGUCUGUGUGAGCAGUGGAAGAGUAACACAGUCUGCCUUCUGUACAGGUCAUUCGUCAAAAGAUGAAACCACAAUUGAAAGACCUUAUAAGGAAAUAAUAAAUACAGAAGAAAAUAGGGGUAAUGGUAGCCCAGAAGAUACAUACCCAUGUCCAACUUAUUAUUUAAACAAGAAAGAAAGUGAAAUAACUCUGCUGAGUUCAUCCACUGAGAAAGCGGAACCCAGUGGGGAGGACACAGAGUUCUCUGAAUCAGAUGAUCCUUUAGAGGAGUGUCGGAGAAUUUUUGAUGAGUUUGAAAGAGAAGCACAAAAGAAGGACGUUGAUAAGCAGGCCUAUGGAGGAAAUGUCAAUUUAUCAGAAACCAAAAUAAGUGUUCCUGGGCAAAAGAGAAGAAUUGCACACACAGCAAAAUUUGAUGUUUCUACUCAGGAAAGGCCUUUCAUUCCAGAAUCAGGAUCCAAAGUACCACUUGAGACAAGACAGAGAUAUGUCAGGCUUUUUUUUACAGAAUGCUUCAAAAUUUGCAGCACAGUGAAUGAAGCUAUUAACAAGGCCCUAAUAGAAGAGCAGUCUGUUUAUGAUCGUUGUGGCAGUAAAAAAAUGUACCUGAAUUUGGCUGUGAAGACUCUUAAAAAGCUGAGAGAUCAUGGUACAGGUGGUGCUCUAUAUGAACUUUUGAAAGAUUAUCUUCUGACUGAGGAACAACUGAAUGAAAAUAAUUUCCCUCGAACAAAUCCUGAAAAAAGUGGCAGUGCUAUACUUACAGGGGUUGUAAAAAAUGCUGGAUAUGAUGCUUUCAAAAGAGUGUGCUGUAGGUGUGGCGAAGUAUAUGCUGUUACUUCUUCAGGGGAAUAUAGACGUAAAGAAGAAUGCAACUAUCAUUCUGGUAGAGUAUUGGAACAAAAAGUUCCUGGCGGCAUGGAAAAAUGCUAUAGCUGUUGUGAGAGAACAGUUGGUUCUGCUGGCUGUCAGAUUGCAAAGCUUCAUGUUCACGAUGGAAGAAGGGAGAAGUUGGAAGGCUUCAUGAAGACAUUAAUUAAAUCACCGCCUUUUGAUGGAAACUAUGGUGUAUAUGCUCUGGACUGUGAGACGUGUUACACAACCCGCGGCUUGGAACUAACCAGAGUGACAGUGGUUGAUGCUAAGCUACAGGUUGUCUAUGAUACCUUUGUUAAACCAGAUGGUAAAGUUGUAGACUACGAUAUAAGACUCUCUGGAGCAACGGAGGCUGAUCUGAAGAAUACCACAACAUCUCUUCGGGAUGUACAGGCAGUACUGCUGAACUUGUUCAGUGCAGAUACAAUUUUAAUUGGACACAGCUUAGAAAAUGCCUUAUUUGCUCUCAAGCUAAUUCAUGACACAGUAGUGGACACAUCAAUAGUGUUUCCUCAUCGGCUAGGUUUGCCUCACAAAAGAGCACUUAGAAGUCUGAUGGCUGACUACCUCAGGAGAAUUCGUCAAGAUGAUGUUGGUGGUCAUAAUUCCAGGGAAGAUGCAAUUGCUUGUAUGGAGCUAAUCCUUUGGAAGAUCAAGGAGGACAAUAAAGGGAGAAAACGGUGA